AUGUCUGUUUGGAACCCAGACAACAUCCGCGACGUAGCGGAAUCAGUUGGAAUCUCAAAUCUCAGCAAGGAUGUGACUGAGAAUCUCGCCCGUGAUGUCGAAUAUCGCAUUGCUCAGGUGUUGGAGGAAGCUCUGAAGUUUAUGCGCCAUGGACGGCGGACGGUGCUCACGACACAAGACAUCUCUCACGCCUUGCGGGUGCUCAAUGUCGAGCCGCUCUAUGGAUAUGAGUCGACUCGCCCGUUGCGUUUCGGAGAGGCAUCGUUGGGUCCUGGACAACCUUUAUUCUAUGUUGAGGAUGAAGAGGUGGACUUUGAAAAGUUGAUAAAUGCUCCGUUGCCAAAGGUGCCUCGCGAGGUUACGUUUACUGCGCACUGGCUCGCCGUUGAAGGCGUCCAGCCAUUAAUCCCCCAAAAUCCCACAUCGAACGAUUCCCGCAAUCUUGAAUUGGUCGCUAAGGGCCCCAAUACUAACCCCAACCUCGCUGCUCUGAGCGGCAACCAGAAUACCGCCGUCAAACCACUCGUCAAACACAUAUUAUCCAAAGAAUUACAGCUUUACUUUGAGAAAGUAUGCAACGCUUUCCUUGACCAGGCUAGUGAGGAGUACAGAACUUCGGCAUAUUCGAGCUUACGGGAGGAUCCUGGCCUCCAUCAACUUGUGCCGUACUUUGUGCAAUUUAUUGCUGAAAAAGUGACGCAUAGUUUGAACAAUAUUUUUGUCUUGACGCAAGUGAUGAGAAUGGCCGAGGCGAUGAUACAGAACCAAUCGCUUUAUAUUGAUCCUUACAUUUCCGCACUUGUCCCUCCGGUCCUCACGUGUCUUGUCGGUCGUCAAUUCGGCGGUAGCAAUAAUGAAUUAUCCGAGCAGUUCGCCUUACGUGACCUAGCAGCAGCUCUACUAGGCAUGAUCGCUAAGAAAUACUCGCAUGCAUCGCACACUCUCAAACCCCGAAUUGCACGAUCAUGUCUCAAGAACUUUCUAGACCCUGCAAAACCAUUCGGCACACACUACGGAGCCAUUAUGGGUCUGCAUGCUAUUGGUGGCGCCGAUGUUGUGCGUGAACUCAUCUUACCGAACCUCAAACCGUACGAAAAGCUACUCCGAGAUGCCCUUACCGAAGAGGGACCUCGACGACCCGAGGCGGAAAGAGUACUGGGCUUGUUAUUGUCUGUUCUUUCCUCGUUGCAGGAGGACCGCGCACACCUUACUAACGGGCACCUGGCUGUUGUAUCCGACGAGCUGCGUGAGCAGCUCUCGGAUAAAAUCGGCCAGUUGCUUGCGACCAGGAUUGCGGAUGCAGGGGAGGUACGAUUAGCGCAUGCUAUUUUGGCGCAACAAUAG